AUGCCUGGAGACAGAGAUGACGAGAUUUGUCAAAAGGCGCUUGAACUCCUGUCAGAUCUUUGCUCGAAGGGGGAAGUGCAGAACGAGAACUGCCUGAAUUUUAUCUACUAUUUCCGAGACCUCGCCCGGCCACGCUACACGGAUUCAGAUAUAUCAGUGAGUCUGCUGUCGCUGGUGGUGACUGCCUGUGGCUUGGCCCUGUUCGGAGUCUCUCUCUUCGUCUCCUGGAAGCUCUGCUGGAUACCAUGGAGAGAGCGUGUACUCUCACCCACCACCAAGGAGUCCUAUGGGCACCUCCACCCAACCAUGAGCCUUCUGCCCUCACAGCAUGCACCCAGACAGCCAGUUUACACAGCUGUGGACCCACCGCCGCCCACGCCUGAGGCAGCUAUGAAGAUCAGUUUCACGUCCCCAGACAUCCCACUGGACGCCCAGACUAAAAGUCGGGAAAAUGGGGUCCACACUAACCCUCGCGUGCAGAGACAGACCACUGAACCUCCACCAUCUGGUCGCACAAUGGCUGAAAUUGGUCAAGGGACGAUUCGUAGACAUAUGAACUUGUCUAACCCGGACUUCAACGUGGCCCAGUUCCAAAGGCAGGACUCCCUCACUGGAAUGGGACUGGGCCUCGGCCGUCUCAAACCCGAGCUCUACAAACAGCGCUCCCUUGAGGGAGAUGAAGUAAAUUGCAGAGGAGGAGGCUGUGGACGCCUCAGCUUCAUCCUCAGAUUUGACUGUGACCAGGAGCAGCUAAUAGUUAAGAUCCACAAAGCAGACGAUCUGCCAGCCAAGGACUUCUCCGGUACCUCUGAUCCUUACGUUAAGAUCUAUCUGCUGCCCGAUCGUAUGACCAAACACCAGACCAAGGUGCACCGCAAGACGCUGAACCCUGUGUUUGACGAGGUCUUCCUGUUUCCCGUGGCGUACUCUGAGCUUCCUACACGCAAGCUGCACUUCAGUGUCUAUGACUUUGACCGCUUUUCUCGCCAUGACAUUAUUGGCCAAGUGGUUGUGGACAACUUCCUUGAUCUGGCCGAUUUCCCGCGGGAGACAAAACUCUGCCGGGAAAUCCAGUAUGUCUCCACGGAUAACGUGGACCUCGGGGAUCUGAUGUUUUCACUCUGUUACUUGCCAACUGCAGGCAGAUUGACUAUUACCAUGAUAAAGGCUCGAAAUCUUAAGGCCAUGGAUAUCACUGGUGCAUCUGACCCGUACGUGAAGGUUUCUUUAAUGUGUGAUGGUCGCCGACUGAAGAAGAGGAAGACGUCGACGAAGAGGAACACUUUGAAUCCGGUGUACAAUGAGGCUAUUGUCUUUGAUGUUCCUCCAGAAAACAUAGAGCAGAUCAGCCUUCUGAUUGCAGUGAUGGACUAUGACCGCGUGGGCCAUAAUGAGGUGAUUGGAGUGUGUCGAGUUGGUAACGAUGCAGACAGCCUCGGUCGAGACCACUGGGGUGAGAUGCUCACAUAUCCACGGAAACCUGUCGCCCACUGGCAUCCUCUAGUCGAGUACCAGGGGACCACAGGAAGUAGCCAGGGAGGAUCAUGUAACUCUCUGAGGACGCCUCCUUCUCCAUAGCCUUGAAUAACAACUCACCUGAGAGCACGAAUCAACCCGGAGCCUCGGCUGAACCUUUGGACGGUGGUGCCGCUGUGCGCUGCACACACACGCUCCUGAAAGACGGAUGCAGUCGUCCACAAACUUGUAUGGAGACGAGGGAGAGACCGUCUCGAGCUCUGUUCAGUCGGAUCAGUUGCAUGUUGAAUGAACGCAAAGAUGGAUGUUUUCUUUUCUAUGAUGUUCAAUAAGAAAAACAAGACGCACAUGCAGACAUUUUAAGCCUCUGCUAUUCCUGGGUUUAUACAGUAGUUACUGUUCUUUUUUUUUAAACAUAGUCUUGUUACCUGUUACCUGUUUCAAUGAGGUGAGUCUGUAUUUUGCACAUUGUACUUACAACCAGUUGAACUGCCAUACUGAUUCUUUUUUAAUUUGGUGGUGAACUGGUGCAUGAGGUCACGGUUUGAUGGGAUAUUUCCUCCUCAGUUGUUUGUUUCUGUUUCAUCUUUUGGGAAU